AUGAGCUUGGAGCGCUUAGUGAAGAGGACGCUUCUCUGCGGGCUGCUGGCAACGCGAGGCCUGACCAGGACAAUGGUGAGUUUCGAAGAAAGGCUUGGUCGCGCUAGGCCCGGCUAGGCCUCUCAGCCGUGGCCGCUCUAGCCGCCCCUGGGUUCUCGGUGGUCAUAGCAUAGACGUGGGGGGCCAGAGCGUCUCCCUCUUGGAGGACCUAACAAAUCCUUGGACCAUUGUUUUCUUGGCUCUUAUUUUUCUUCCCCCCAUAAUCCCUUUGGAUCCAUGGUCUGUCUCUCCCAUGAAAUGGAGUGUUAAGCUGAUUUCCUUCCUAAAUUCUUUUUCUUUUGCUAGUGUUGCAAUAAUUCCCAUAAUCCUCUGUGUGUGUUUGUUUGUGUGUAUAUCUCUCUCUAUAUAUAGUGUGUCUGUAUAUAUUUUUGUGUGUGUGUAUAUGUGUGUAUGUGUCUGUAUAUAUAUGUGUGUGUGUGUGUGUGUGUAUGUAUAUUUAAAUAAGUGUGUGUGUGUGUGUGUGUGUGUGUGUGUAUAUAUAUAUGUGUGUGUGUGUGUGUGUGUGUGUGUGUAUAUAUAUAUAUAUUUGCGAGGGUUUUUUUGUGUGUGUAUACAUAUAUAUAUAUACAUAUAUACAUACACAUAUAUAUCCUUUUGUCUCCCAGGGUGCAUUGGAAAAGGGGUCUUGGUGUGUUAAUAUACAUAGCCUUUAAUUCUGCCUUUUCCCAGCAGCUGUGGAGGGUGGCUGCCAGUUCCAAGAAUUGCAACUGUGUCCUAUAAAUGCAUUUAAAGAUAAGCAAGCAGGGAGGGCUGCUGCCACCUUAACGAAACUCUUUUCGCCCUAUUGUGAAACUGCCAACACUUCCCGUUACUCUCUGGGACUUGGGUUGUUAUAUUCCCCAACACGGUUGCAAUAUAUUCGCCACACAUUUAUUGCAAAGAGUUAAAGCUGCUGCUGUAUGUGAUAUUACCUCCACUCCCUGUUUCAUUCUCGCAAUAGCCCUGUGAGGCGAGUUAAGCUAAAGGGGCAGUGACUGGUGAGCUUCAUGAGUGGGAGGAUUCGAACCCAAGCCCUUCUAGGUCCUGGCCCAAUGCUAACCACUGGCUUUGUGGGGUUGGUUGGCUCGCUUUGGAUCACGCUGCUACCUUUUGCAUUAUGACCCGAUGUCUUGCUGUUCUCUGGCUGCUUCCAGAGCACGGUGGGUGGAAUUCAGGUAAUUUCUACUCAAAAGUGGACCCAUGAAAACGAGUAGACCUAAAUUAGCAGUGUCAGUUAAUAUCGGGUGGGUCUGCUUGGAGUUUGCUUCUUUCCCCCCCUACCUGAUUCUGUGGGGCAACCGGUUCUUCCUGUUUCUCUCUGGGGUCCGUCGCUGUGGUGGGCUUUGGAGCCUAAAAGCGCACAACCUCAUUUCAUAACUUUGUGCUAGAAACUUCCUCCUGCCUCUCGCACCUAAUUCUCUGCACCAGUCUUUCCCUGAGCAAUUGCCUACACCUGUCCCAGUGUAGGCAAUUAACUGCAAUUAGUUGCUGCCUCAAAAGUAAUCAAAAGCAAAGCAAGUUUCACCUGAGGCUUCUCCACCUUGAAUGCAGUUCUCUGCUGCACCUGGGGCAACGUAUAAAAAUGUUUUUUAUUAAUGCAGUGGGAACAUCUCUGGCCAAGCUUAUAAUCUUAAUUAUAAGUGAGUUUUUUCCUAAUUCAGGUGUGCUUAUCGGCUCUCUUCUGCUUUGGGGACGAGGGAGAAAAAAAGCCCACCCAGUACAGCAUCGCCAAGGCAGUAUUCACCUCCUGUUCCAUACUUGGGAUUUAGAGGCUAGGGCGUCGGAAAAUCCCCUUGAAAACCUUGUUUUACCAUGAUUGUAAUAGCUGCUCAGAUUACCUAUUGUCCGUGUCUUCUUUCCAGUCUUAAAAGCCAUCGCCAUUAGAAAGCGAUCCUGUUUUGUAGCUGUGGGUUCUACAAGUUCAAUGCACAUAGGGCAAAGUGUUUCUUUCUGUCCGGAAGUCGAUGCCAACUUACUUUACCUGCCUGGAAGAAAUGCUUUUUUUUUUUCCAGGCGAAGGGAUGCCAUUUCUAAUCAUGGGGAAAUGUCGUUCCUGUCUCUCCACUUUCCAAGACGCUGGUUCCUAGCAAGCAUGUUUUAAUCGCAGCGCUGUUUCGGCUGGUGAUUAACCCAGUUUACGUUGCGAAACAUUCCUUAAUCUGGGAGCAGGGCAGCGCUGGCACCCAGCCGAAUUCCCUGGUUUCUGCCUGACUUGACUGUUCUCCAGAAACAAAAGUCCGGGGCCUUGAAGUGCUCUUGGAAGUCAAAGUUCGUGGCGGCAGCUGCUUUCAUCUGCAAUGCAGUAGUAAGAACUGAGAAGUCUGUGGAAACUUCCACCUUUGAGACCGGUUCUGCCAUCUUCGUUAUGAGUCAGGAGGGUGCUUUUUUAAUUUAUUUACCGCGGUUCAUUUACAGAGCUUGCUCCUUUGGGAUCUUGAUUAAGCCUGGUUAUAAAAGGCAACCGGAGUGGCCUCUCUAAAUUCCUUCCUGAUCUUUCCUCUUUGUGUAAUCUUGUUGCCUAAUGGAGCCUUUGUGUAACAGGGAUUGGGGGCGGGAGGGGAAAGAGAGAAGGCAAAGGCCUUGAACCACCCACACGCAUUGUCCUCGAUCACAUGAGCAUCAGGGGAGGAUGUUGAAAGACAAGAAUUUUUAGAGGUCAGCAUCAACAAAGGGACAGGGAGAGAGCUGGUCACGGCUUGGUUUGUUUGGGACUCCAGGUUGUAAACUGGAGCUGCGUGGAAUACAGGGCACAUCGGAACACGCUCAGAUUAUUUUUGCACCCUAUACCGUAUUUUUCGCUCUAUAAGACGCACCAGACCACAAGGCGCACCUAGUUUUUGGAGGAGGAAAACAAGAAAAAAAAUAUUCUGAAUCUCAGAAGCCAGAACAGCAAGAGGGAUCGCUGCACAGUGAAAGCAGCAAUCCCUCUUGCUGUUCUGGCUUCUGGGAUAGCUGCGCAGCCUGCAUUCGCUCCAUAAGACGCACACACAUUUCCCCUUACUUUCUAGGAGGGGAAAAGUGAGUCUUAUAGAGCAAAAAAUACAGUAAUUUCUGCACUGCACUGACUUCACAGUGGCUCCCCAGAGUAGUCUCACAAGGGUCUACCCCCAACCUCUGUUACCUGUUAUCCUUUUAACUGGGGAUGCCAGGGAUUGAGCCUGCACAGAAAUAAUAAUACUAAUGGUAAAGGUAAAGGAAUCCCUGACCGUUAGGUCCAUUCGUGGCCAACUCUGGGGUUGCGGCGCUCGUCUCGCUUUAUUGGCCGAGGGAGCCGGCGUACAGCUUCCGGGUCAUGUGGCCAGCAGGACUAAGCCGCUUCUGGCGAACCAGAGCAGCGCACGGAAACGCCGUUUUCCUUCCCGCCGGAGUGGUACCUAUUUAUCUACUUGCACUUUGAUGUGCUUUUGAACUGCUAGGUUGGCAGGAGCAGGGACCGAACAACGGGAGCUCACCCCGUCGCAGGGAUUCAAACUGCUGACCUUCUUAUCAGCAAGCCCUACGCUCAGUGGUUUAGACCACAGCGCCACCCGCGUCCCAAUAAUACUAAUAAUAAGGUUUUUUAAAAAGUAAAGGACCCCUGGACGGUUAAGUCCAGUCGAAGGAGACUGUGGGGUUGCGGCGCUCAUCUCGCUUUCAGGCUGAGGGAGCCAGCAUUUGUCCACAGACAGCUUUCCAGGUCAUGUGGCCAGCAGGACUAAACCGCAUCUGGUGCAACAGGACACCAUGACGGAAACCAGAACGCAUGGAAACGCCAUGAAGUAACGCCUCCACCUCCAUUGUUCUGCCCAGACUCUGAGGUCCAGCGCCGAGGGCCUUCCGACGGUUCCCUCGCUGCAAGAAACCAAGUUACAGGGAACCAGGCAGAGGGCCUUCUCGGUAGUGGCACCCUCCCUGUGGAACACCCUCCCAUCAGAUGUCAAAGAGAAAAACAACUACCAGACUUUUAGAAGACAUCUGAAGGCAGCCCUGUUUAAGGAAGCUUUUUAAUGUUUGACAGACCUCUGGUCUGUCAACUGUUUUAAAACAGCAACAGGGAGAUCUGUGGCCUGCAGAGGUUGCCAGACUGCAACCCACCAUGCUGCCUGGGCGACAGAUUCCCACCCCCUCUUGCUUUAGAGGAUAACCUGGGUAGGGGAGGGAAAGGAUAGGGGCUUUGGAUCCAGAUUAAUUUAAUCACACGUUAAUUCCAUUGAAAUCCCUGACUGGUGAAAGCCCCCUUAAUUGCAGUUUAGCCUCCUGGAUCCGUCCCUGUGUGUUGUAACGGCUAAAGUUGCAUCCACACACACCCACACCCCAAAGUCCAAGUUACACCUCUUGACCCAGGUCAAGGAGAAUCCUGGGAACUGUAGUUUUAUUAAGGGUGCUGGGCAUCGGUUGCCCCGCUAGGAAAGCAUGCUUGGCCAACUAGUUGGCAAGGAAUAAGCUCUUCUGAGUUGACCCGCUUUAGAAAGCUGGAGAGACCAGGCAGACGGAGAUGUCCGUUGGCAACUUGGCAUCCACAGAUCUCCCCAGGGAUGGAGUUGGAUUUUGCACCAAUUGCAAAAUGCGCCUGGCUAAUUUCCAACGCUGAGCCCUGGCGCUGGAAGGAGAGGGAAAUGGGAGAUUUGCAGCCCUCGAAACACAAACGCACGAGAGUGCCACGAGAGCUCUUUCUGAAUAAUAAUAAUAAUAAUAAUUUAUUAUUUAUACCCCGCCCAUCUGGCUGAGUUUCCCCAGCCACUCUGGGCGGCUUCCAAUCAAGUGUUAAAAACAAUACAGCGUUAAAUAUAAAAAACUUCCCUGAACAGGGCUGCCUUCAGAUGUCUUUUAAAGAUAGGAUAGCUGCUUAUUUCCUUCACAUCUGAAGGGAGGGCGUUCCACAGGGCGGGCGCCACCACCGAGAAGGCCCUCUGCCUGGUUCCCUGUAACCUCACUUCUCGCAAUGAGGGAACCGCCAGAAGGCCCUCGGAGCUGGACCUCAGUGUCCGGGCUGGACGAUGGGGGUGGAGACGCUCCUUCAGGUAUACAGGGUGGAUUUGAUGUAAAGCACGAUUUAAAUCAAAGAAUCAGGGUGGAUUUGAUUUAAAUCACUAGUCAGUGAGACUUGAUUUAAAUCACUUAUUUACAGAAAGACUCAUUCUUGCUGGUAUCAUCUUAAUAUUUACAACCAGUAUUUAGAACACUGCAAUCGGAAACGGAAGGCUUGAAUUACAGUGGUACCUCAGGUUAAGUACUUAAUUCGUUCCGGAGGUCCAUUCUUAACCUGAAACUGUUCUUAACCUGAAGCACCACUUUAGCUAAUGGGGCCUCCUGCUUCUGCUGCGCCGCCGGAGCCCAAUUUCUGUUCUUAUCCUGAAGCAAAGUUCUUAACCUGAAGCACUAUUUCUGGGUUAGUGGGGUGUGUAACCUGCAGCGUAUGUAACCCGAGGUACUACUGUACAACGGGGGGGAGACGCAAAUUAGCAGUGCAACAGGAAACACAGGGGGACGCAAAACAGAGCACGUUCGGCUUCUGAAAAAAAGUUCGAAAACUACUUCCGGUUUUGCAGCGUCCAGGUUCCAAGUUGUUCGUGAACCGAGCUGUUCGAAAACCGAGAUGCCGCUGUACUUUUGAUUUGAGGUGUGCUUCUGCCUGACCCCCGCUUCCUGUUUCUCCCCGCUUCCAGUGUGCUCAAGAAACCGACUGGCAGUCUGCCAAAUCCAUCUACGAUUUCCACGCCACGGACAUCGAUGGCGCCGACGUCUCGCUCGAGCGGUACAGGUAAGUGUGUGGGGUAUUUUCUUCCCUCUGCAUAUUUGUUUGGGCCCACUCUUCCUACCUUGAAUCAAGGCAGGCAUAGGCAAACUCAGCCCUCCAGAUAUUUUGGGACUACAACUCCCAUCAUCCCUAGCUAACGGGUCAGGGAUGAUGGGAGUUGUAGUUCCAAAGCAUCUGGAGGGCCGAGUUUGGCCACCACUGACUUGGAGGAAUGGUCAAGUCAGUUUCUUAUAUUUUUCAAAUUUAUACAUUUCAUUGGUUUUACAGUCAAUUUAACAUUUCCAGAUUUCGACACCACUUCUCCCUCUUUCUGCGGUUCCUUGAAUUUAUUUUUUGGUGCCUUCUGCAUAUUCAAGCUCAUCUGACUUGCUCAUUGACUUACCGUAUUUUUCGCUCUGUAGGACGCACUUUUUCCCCUCCAAAAAUUAAGGGGAAAUGUAUGUGCGUCCUAUGGAGCAAAUGCAGGCUCCUUGGCUUCAGCGAUAGCAACGCGAAGCCUCCGAAGCGCAGAGGGAGCGCUCCCUCCACGCUCCGGAGGCUUCAAGUUGCUUUUGCUGGAGCCUGGAGAGCGAGAGGCGUCGGUGCACACCCACCCCUCUCGCUCCCAGGCUUCAGGGAUAGCCGCCGGGAGAGCAAGACUCUCCUGGCUUCAGCGAAAGGAACCUGAAGCCUCCGGAGCGCAGCAGGAACUUGCGCUGCUCUGCGAAGGCUUCAGGGAUAGCCGCUGCGCUCUGGAGGCUUCGGGUUCAUUUUGCUGAAGACUCUCCUGGCUUCAGCAGAGAAGGAGAGCUGCGCAGCGCCCCUUCAGCCAAGCGAGAGGAGAAAUGGAAGGGGCUCCGUUUCUCCUGCCGCUUCGCUGAAGGGGCGCUGAGCAGAGAGGGGGAGAUUUUUUUCCUUGUUCUACCCCUCUAAAACAAGGUGUGUCCUAUAGAGCGAAAAAUACGGUACCUACUGUAAAUAUAUAUACUCACAUGACGGUUGGAUCAGGGCCUUCCUUCACAAACGUUCCCCUUCCGUUUCUGCAGGGGCCACGUCUGCAUCAUCACCAACGUGGCCUCGAAAUGAGGCAAGACAGGCGUGAACUACACUCAGUUUGUCGACCUGUACAGCAGAUACGCUGAGAGAGGUUUACGCAUCUUGGGGUUCCCCUGUAACCAGUUCGGCAAGCAGGUAGGGUGCCGGGAGGUCUGGCAACCGCGUGGUGUGAUGUAGUUUUUUUGCUCCUUUUUUUUGAGGGGCGGGCAGGCAGGCACCAGCGGCGACCAUUUCUCAUCUCCCUUCCCCAAACUGCAGGAGCCGGGCACCAAUGAGGAAAUCAAAGCCUUCGCUGCAGGUUACGGUGUGAAGUUCGACAUGUUCAGCAAGAUCGAGGUGAACGGGGACGGCGCCCACCCCCUCUGGAAGUGGAUGAAGAGCCAGCCCAAAGGCCGGGGGACGCUGGGCAAGUGAGUUUCUGAACCGCGGGAGCUGGAAUUAUAGUAUAUGCUUUGGUAAACGGCCUAUAUGCAGAGAGAUGAUGCACCCUUCUUCUCACACCCAGCUCCGAUAACAGUGCUGGAUUUAUGUGUAAGCCAAACAAGCUAUAGCUUAGGACCCCACUCUCUUGGGGGCCCCCAAAAAAAUUUAAAGGAAAAAAACCAUUGGAUCUACAUUUCCAAAAUAUAAGAUGAAAAAACAAAUAAAACCUACAUAACAGUGUUUUGUGUUGUGUAGGCUCCUAUGGUGUAAGUCAUGGGCCCCGCCUGCUAGCCUGCUCUCUAAAAUAUCCCUGGUUUGCUCCUUUCUAUAUAUAGGGUGCCUACGUUCUGCAUGUGCAAAUGGCUGGAGAUACCUACUAGGUCCACAAAUUGCCAUAUAGCAUAUAUUCAACACAAAAAAUAGUGACAAUUUGUUCUUGACAAAGGACAGCUGGACAUAUAAAGGGCCCCAUUACCUUCAGGAGUUUAGGACCUCAUCAAACCUAAAUCCGGCCCUGUUUGAUAACGCAGGCGUGCUUUACUCUGGAGAACGUGGCUUAAUUUGUACAUGUGCACAAAAUUCUAAGGUGAGGGAAUAGCUCUAAGCUUGUGUAAUUUACCGGCCUGAGGACUCCCCUUUCCGCAGUGGCGUCCAUCCUGACCAAGGAAAGCCGCCUUAAACAUCACAACUGUUAACUGAGGAGAAUCCAGCACACAUAUCCGCCACCAAACAGAGGAGCGCCGAAACAUUGGGGGAUGUCUCAGGGCCUCCCCUCCCUGCUUCUUAAUGGGGCAUGAUCCUGACCCCCGGUCCCCAAUUCUGAAUCCCCUUUAAGGACGAGGCUCUGUCAGUUCUGCAAAAACAACCCCUGCAGAGAAUCUGAGCUCUGCUUUGGGAGACCCAGGUUCCUAGACCUCAUGAUGGCAGGGCAAAGCCCCACAGGAGGGUGUUUUGUUUUGAAGGUUCUGCAAAUAUAUAUUGAGCGCUCUCUCAAAACCUUAACAAAAAACUGGUACCCUUGGGGGCGGGUAGAAGAGGCUGUGAACCUUUUUGGGGUGGAGAGGUGGUUAACAGUUCCUCCCUGUGCUGUUUGUGUGAAGAUUGGGGCGUGGGUGGGUAUUUAUUCCAGAGCUCCCUGCUGCGAUCUAGCCUGCAGAUCUCCAGUUAGGACCAAGGCAAGGCAUGCCACUGAUGAUAAUGAUGAUGAUAAUUUCUUUAUACCUCGCCCAUCUGGCUGGGCUUCCCCAGCCACUCUGGGCGGCUUCCAACAAAAUAUUAAAAUACAGUGGUCUGUUAAACAUUAAAAGCUUCCCUAAACAGGGCUGCCUUCAGAUGUCUUCUAAAAGUCUGGUAGUUGUUCUCUUUGACAUCUUGUGGGAGGGCGUUCCACAGGGCGGGUGCCACCACCUAGAAGGCCCUCUGCCUGGUUCCCUGACCUCCCAGUUCGAUAAGGAACCAAGUUGCAACUGUUGUGAUUCCUGAACAAUAUCUUGACCCUUGCCCUGUGUUCUAGAUUACAAGCAGCCAGUGUGGUUUCAUCCAGAUAUUCCAUCAUCCCUGACAAACAGCCAUUCUGGCUUGCCAGAGCUGAUGAGAGUUGCAGGGGGCGGGGCGGUAUCAGAACAGCGCGACCCCAGGGGCAUUUCUGUUUGAUGCAUGGACCUGUUCUGGAUUUCUUGUUCCGAAACUAAAGUGGUGUUGUUGUUGUUUUUUCUCUCCCCCGUCACCUAGUGCCAUCAAAUGGAACUUCAGCAAGGUGAGCCUUCAGCUUUCGACUCCUGGCUCUUCGAAUCCCAGCUGGACUGCGGCCCUUUCCCCUUUUGGGUGCCCUCCCUCGAUUGGAUCGGCCUGGGCAACAUCCGUGCCCCUCCAGCUCCCAGCAUCCCUGGCCGGGGAAGGGGGCAAAUCCAGCAACAGAUCUUCCCCAUCCCAGCUUCGGAGGGGAGGCAAUUCUGAAGUGGCUCGUGCAUCUUAACUCCCUUUGGGGGCAUCGCUGGGCCUAUCAAGUCCGGCCUCCUGUUUCCAAACCCCAAAGCACUCCCUGGCAGCUGGUAGACUGCCCUGGCAGCUGGAGGUUCGAUCGCCAGCUGUUGAUAGGAACUGUCCUCCGUGGAGUUGUUUAAGCCCAGGGGUGGGAGGAACCUCAGGCCUGUGGUGGGGGGCUCUAAAUUACAAUUACCUAAUCAAUGUAUAUCAUCUCAAAGAGCCCAGGGUGCAUUAAGAACACAUUUUAUGGAGGUUAUUUAAUGGCUAAAGGCCUCUGAACCUCUCAGGGAGGAGGGACAGUGAGAAGGGCCUCUGACGACAAGCGCAGGGUCUGGGUCAGUUUGCAUGGGGAGAGGCAGGCUUUCAUAUACAGUGGUACCUUUGUUCUCAAUCCGCCUUGGUACUCAAACAACCUGGAACCCAAACACCGCAAACCCAGAAGUUAAGUUUUCCGGUUUGCGAACUUUUUUUGGAAGCCAAACAUGCUUCCGUUUUGAGUCUUAUGCUUCCGUGUUGAGUGCCACACAUCCGUUUAAACGAGUCUGUCUGUUUUUGCUAUUCUGUUUUUGCUUUUGCUUCUCUUUUUGCGACUGUGUGCAACCCAGUUCAGCUACUGAUUGUGUGGCUGCAGUACACGGUUUAUUGCUUUCAAUUUAUGGAUCGGUGGUCUAGUUAGAUAGUAAAAUUCAUGUCAAAUUGCUGUUUUGGGCGUUGUUUUUAAAAGGCUGGAACGGAUUAAUCCGUUUUGUGUUACUUUCUAUGGGAAGGCGCACCUUGGUUUUGGAAUGGACUUCCAGAACGGAUUAAGUUUGAGAACCAAGGUACCACUGUAUAGAAGUCAUGAGCGGUGUACGGCAGUGGUGGUCCCUAAGCCCGUCUGCCUGACCCUCGGCACUGUGCCCAUCGCUGUAGCUCCUCCAUCUCUGCAUCAACCUGUUCUUGGUCCCUGGGAGGGAGUUGAGAGUCCGGCAAUAUUGGGAGCGCCAGGGUUUCUGCUGUGCUGAAAGAUGCCCUGGUUUCAUCCCAUAUCGAAGCACCCUCGAUUUCCUUCCCCGGUUCAAGGCACUCUUUGUUCACUAGCUGUCCUCCAUUCUCUCUCUCUCUCUCUCUCUCUCUCUCUCUCUCUCUCUCUCGUCUCGUCUCUCCCUCCUUCCUUCAGUUUCUAAUCAACAAGGAAGGCCAGGUGGUGAAGAGAUACAGCCCAAUGGACGACCCAUUUGUAAGUAUCGCACUCAGGUUUCAGUUUUGGCUUUGCACCGGAGAUGGCAUCAAGAGUGCCCUUAGUCUGCCCUGCAUAUGGUGGCGCUGGGGUCUAAACCCCUGAGCCUCUUGGGCUUGCCGAUCGGGAGGUCGGCGGUUCGAAUCCCCGCAACGGGGUGAGCUCCCGUUGCUCAGUCCCAGCUCCUGCCAACCUAGCAGUUCGAAAGCACGUCAAAGUGCAAGUAGAUCAAUAGGUACCGCUCCAGAGGGAAGGUGUUACUGAUCGCCUUUUCUCCUCCGCCUGCAGGUGAUCGAGAAGGACCUGCCCGCUUACCUCUAG